AUUUUUUUCUCUCUUUUGUCCUUUUUCCAUCGAUAUAAAAAUAUAUAUAAUGUUGAAUUCAGUAUUAUCGGUAGCACGUCCUACAACACGACAACUUGUUACCACCAAUACCAAUCGUUUCUCACCUUUGGCAUCACUUGGUCAAUGGCUCAACAAUACCUUGAAUAAUAACAACAAUAACACAUUCCAAGUACCUAGUUGGUUAGGUCCUAUUUUAUGGGCUGCACCUAAAAAGAAGACUUCUCAUUCAAAGAAACGUAUGCGGGCAAGUAACAAAGGUUUACAACAAAAGGAAAAUAUUGUAUCAUGCCCUGCUUGUGGUCAUACCAAGUUAUUACACCAUGUUUGCAAACAAUGUUAUGGCGAAAUCAAACAAAAAGCAAAGAAUCUGGAAAUAGCCUGAACACAUCUCCCUCUCUCUCUCUUUUUUUUUUUUUCUUUACAUCCCCGUCUUUAUACUAGUUAGUCUUCAUAUACAUAGACCAUCAUACAUCCUAUCUCUCUUAUACACCAUUUAUUCGCAUAGUUUAUAUUAGUUUUACACCAACUUCACGCUUCUCCAUUUUGUACAGUAGACAAUAAACUCUUCACAUAUAUAUCUUUUUAUACUUAUGGGCUUUAUUAUUAGUGAACCGACUUGAA